AUGGCAUUCUCCUCUUCAUCCAGCGAAAACAAUUACGGCGACCGCUCAUAUCGCGACGCCCGAGUUCCGGGCUUUGGUGGCAGCCCGGAGGCAGGGACUGCAAGCACAAGCGCUCCUCGAGCACCCAAACCUGAGUUUGAUAUAUUGCGCUGGUACCCUAAGCAUCAGAGCUGCCAGAGGUACUUUCUCGACCACGCUCAGCAUCUCCCCGAAGUACAGGCAUUCGCGAGCUUCAUCAACAUCCUGUUACCCUUUCAACGCGAACCAAAUCCAAUCCAGAGCUAUUCAGGAGGAAGGCGAGGAUCAGGCUUGAGCAAUGACUGGGCGCCUGGGCCGUCCUCGACCAAAUCGUCCGCAAGUGUGGCCACCGUAUCAUUGAUACCCUAUAUCCGAAGGCUUGUCGUUUGCGGCAUGGACAUCCCUCCCAUCCUGCAAGGAUUCUUCGGUAACGACUGGGCCGCUGGCAUUGGCCCCCAGCGAGAGCAGGAGAGACGAAACUAUCUGUUCGCUGCCAAGUCUGGCGGCUGGGCGGCCGUCAAGCGCGAUUACGAUAUGCUGCCGCUGGAGACGGUACCGUUCAUGCAGCCGCUCAAAGAACCGACCGAUGGCGAGCUGAAUGCCGCCGAGGAAAAAUGGAGCGAGUGGCUUGCGCUGGAAGACUGGAUGGUGGGAUCGAGAGCUCCUCCGUGA